AUGCAGCACUUGGCCUGGUUGCUGCUGCUGGUCAUAUGGACGGUGCAGGCUCUGGAGAGCUGCCCCGAUGUCUGUAAAUGCUCCAGGAAGUCCGGUCCAGAGAAGUCAGAGGUGAACUGUCAUAAAAGAGGGUUUCGUUCCUUCCCCUCCAAACUGCCCCCUGAUGCCUGGAUCCUCAAACUGGGUGAGAACGGUAUCACAGACCUGAAGGCCAACGCUCUGACAUUGAUUCCUCGGAUUGAGAGCAUCAACCUGGAACGAAACGCCAUCAAGUCAAUCCACCCCCAAGCCUUCUCUGGAGCAAAGCAGCUAAUGCUUCUCAAUCUCUACGGCAACCACAUCACCAACCUUCACCGGAGGGGAUUCCAGGACCUCCUGAACCUCCGCUUCCUCAUGCUGGGACAGAACCAGAUCGGCACCGUCAAAGCUGAGAUGUUUGCUGGACUGAGGAACUUGUCUGACCUGGAUCUUCCUCUCAAUGCGAUCACAACGCUCCCGUCUAAUGCCUUCAAGCCUCUGAUUGCCCUCAAAGUUCUGGACCUCUCCCUGAACCGCAUCCAGAAGAUCUCCCCGAAGGCCUUCAAUGGACUCAGACAGCUCAUGUUCCUCAACUUAGACAAUAACAGCCUGAAGACGGUCCCUGCUGCAGUGUUUAGGCCUCUGCGCUCUCUGGAGAUGCUCGUUCUGGACAACAACCUCCUGUCCACAUUGAGCCCGUCCACUCUGGACGGCCUGGAUAACUUGCAGGAGCUCUACCUGAGGAACAAUGAGCUGGAGCAGCUGCCACCUGAUGUGUUCAGGAACAUGGCCAAGCUCUCUCAGCUGGCUCUCAGUGGAAACCACCUGAAGACAAUAGAUGGAACGAUGUUCACCCGCAUGCCCGACAUGAAGAAGCUGCACCUCCAUGACAACCUGUGGCACUGUGACUGUCACCUCGGCUCCUUCAUACAGUGGAUGAGCCACACCAACGCCACCCUGUCUCCCAGGGAUGCCCUGAGGUGCACGAGCCCUGAGGAGCUGCAGAAUAAAAGCUUCUCCAGUCUCCAGGCAGACAAGCUGCUGUGCAGUGCCUAACCCUGUAAAAGUGGAUGGAACACAGCAGAACACAGCAGAGGCUUGGGGUCCGUGGAGAGUUGGAUGAUGUGCUCUGCUCAAAAUGUGUUGUUCUUCUCUCUCUGUAUACAUCGAUAUUUUAGGAGUGUGUCUUAUACGAUCGCUCAAGCUGCAACACGAUCAAUAAACCUUUCUGUAGGAUGAUGCACCUCCUCUGCUUAAAGCA